ACCGAUCGCCGACUCACCUGUUGACGAAACUUCGCCAACUGACGAGGAAGCAAAUUCACCUGAGGCAAUAUUAAUAACCGAGGAAACCCCAUCAGACUCGCUGCAAGAACCCGCUUCGGUUGAGACUGCGGAGGAAACAAGCGAGGAGAUCCAAGAAUCCGAUCCUGCAGCUGAGACCAGCGCGCCCACCGAGGUUGAGGGUGCAGAAACCGUCACCAUGGAUGAUACAGACGUUGUUCCAGACGUCGUUGCCGAAGAGGCUGCUGCCAUCACGACGGAGGCCGAUGCAGACGAUGUCUUGGACGAGCCCGCUAUUGAAGAACCUGCUAUCGAAACCGAAGACUUGCCAAACGACGAAGCAGUGCCAGUGAGCGGGGAAGACGAUGCAAGUCCACCUGACCAAGAUGAAGCUCAGCCUGCCGACAGCGAACCUCAGCCAGAGAGUGAGGAGCAAUCACCACAAGAUGAUCAGACCGAAGAUGUACCUGCCCAAGACGAGGAUGCAAGCCCUCCGUCUGAAGCUCAAGACAUCAACGAGACGACUAACAGUGCAGACGAUGAGCGCCAGGACAGUGUUGUAGACGAAGAUGACAAGGAAAACAACGCAAUCGAAGUGACGGUCGGUGAAGAUGAUCAACAGCAGGACAGCCCUGAGAUCGACGACAUACAAGACGACAUCGCAACGGAAACUCAAAAUCUGAACGAGGAUGAGAGCACUACGGUAGACGUGGUUACAGAGCCUCUCGACAGUGAGCCGUUGGAGUCUUCAGAUAUGCUACCGUCACUCGACACCACAGAAGAUGAACCUGGGGCGAACGAUGCCGAGGCCACGCCAUCAUCUAGCGACGAACCCGUGGAAGAAAUCGGUCUCGAACCGCUCGUCGACGAGGUUGAAGAAACGCCCGUGCCACUGGACAGCGAAGACCAUGAAGGCGAGGCGAACGAGCCAAUCGGCGUCGAAGGCGACGCGAGCGAGCCUCAUGAAACUACCAAUCCCGAGUCAAGCGCAACCGAAGGCACUGACGUGGAGGACAACGCACAAGUCAACGAGCAAAAACCAACGGAACGCAGCGAGGGCGUUGAGGACGUCGAGUUGAAAGAGGAGCCUGCAGCGCCGGAAGCUAUCGAGGCUGCCAAACCGUCUGGAGGUAAGUGCCUUUUCCAUAUGCCUCAAACAUUCCUUGUCCAAUAUUCCCCUUCCCCUUUCCCUCUUUAUACAUCUUUGUCAGUGUUCGAGACAACGCAUCCAAUCCCAAAUUGCGGAGUAGCCGAUUCAAUGUGUCAAUCUCUCAUUGGCCACCGCGUUAUCCAGCCUCGCCUCAUCACGUGGGAAAACUCUGUUGGGACGUGCUUCAGGCUGCAAUGCAAUGCAUGCACAUUGUAUGCACCAGAUCGCGUCGUGCAUGCAUGGGUCCAUGCACCCAGCUUUUGACCCCAGCCCCGCAUCUUAUGCCACUUCCACACUUUUCACCGCCGCCUUUUCAGUUAUGAAGUGGACAAUGGUUAUCGCGCGGAGCCUUUCUUCGUGAUAGUCCACUGAUGACGUAAUGGCU